AUUAAGAUUUUGUGAACCAUUCUUCCAAAAGAAAACAAAAAUAAACUUUCAAUCUCCAAAAUUUACAGAAAAAUGAGUAGUGCAAUUUCUUCACCAACUGCAAAUUUUCAUGUUCCGUCAAAUACCCAAGUCUUAAAAAACUCAAAUUCAUCAUCUUUUUCAAUUAUCUGCUUAAAAUCCACAAAUAAUUUUGGAAGAAAAACAGUUGGUUUGUUGGUGCCCAAGAAACUGGUUCUUGCAAAACAGGGGUUUAGAUGUAACUGUAGCAGCACACCUGGUGGGCCUGCUCCAGGAGAAAAUGAAAGUAAACAAGUUUUGGAUGCGUUUUUCUUGGGUAAAGCUUUUGCAGAAGCACUAAAUGAACGUAUAGAAUCGACAGUGGGGGAGUUCUUGAGUACAGUUGGACGCUUGCAAGCUGAGCAACAAAAGCAAGUACAGGAGUUUCAGGAUGAAGUCCUAGAAAGAGCAAAGAAGGCCAAGGAGAAAGCGGCACGUGAAGCCAUGGAAGCACAAGCACUUGUUCCAGAGUCUGCUGCAUCAAAUAUUUCUCCAGCAACAGCUAAUAAAACCGGAAAUGCUUCUGUGACGGUAUCUACAACCAUUGAUGAACCAACAGAUUCCAUAGAGCAGGGUACAAAUAAUGGCAACACGGACCCGCUCUUGGGAAUAUCAAUAGACGAUUAAGAUAAAUUGUCUUGUCGGAUUGAGAAAAUAUAUGUGUUAUCUAUUUCAGCAUACAAUUACUAGUUUAGGCCCAUUGUGGAACAAAUGAGCUAUGACAUAUUGAUAUAGGCUGUACAUUGAUAUUGCGAGACUCGUUAUAAAGUGAACCAAUAUUGAAUAUGUAAGUAUGCUUUUUUCAA